GAGGCAACGAUUCCCAUAAUGAACUUUCGGAGAACCUCCUACAAGUAUUUCCAGAUGACACUUUCGUACAACUUCGGAUGGAAUGGUGGUCAGAAUUCUACCGGCGAGUCGACACAGGAAGGAUCGAAUUUCGCGAUGUAUUGAGUCACUAUGCUGAUCUCUGGAGCCUACAAAUGAACGGCUGUGGUUUCGGCGCAGCCUCAGAGCCCCCGUGUCCAAGAACAAUUGGAGAAUGCUACACAGAGCUGAAAAGCUUUUCCGGAAAUACCAAAAUUUCAGAAAUAGAGUCAUUACUUAAGCGGCUCCAAGAAGUCGAGGGCAAGACUCCACGAUUAGAAUGGGACUCGAAGCGAAAACACGAGACUGCGCGCAGCCUCCGCCGACGAAUUCAUGAAAUCAUGCGCGAUUUUAGUGCUCAACAACGCAUAGCGGGACGAAAUACUACGUAUGAUCCGCAACAGAGUGCACCGUUCGAAAACUGGAGUCAUGUCAUCCAAAGGAAUUCCCGAGCUCAGAACCGCCGAAGGGGCUCUGCACAUAUGAUAGCGCCAAAUACAAGCAGCGGCAAUGUUUUUUUCACACCACAAACGCACAACUCCGGGGAUACUUUCUUCACGGCUCACUCUCCUUAUGUUGCAUCCUAUCAACAACUUGUAACUCCCCCAACACACUCCAACGAGCUCUCGCCCAGUGUGUCUUUUCAUGGGCUGCUCAAAUCUAAAGGGCUAUGGCCCAUCCACUACCUCAAAGAAAACGACUGGUCUGGGAGGGGCGAGCACGUCGAGUUCAAUAAAAGCGAAAAGAAAGAGAUACAAAAAAUCCUACCGAUUGAACAAUUGCUUGGGACAUCUAACUACGCUGUUGUGGAGAGCGUAAGAUGCAAGAGAAUCUAUCUUGCCCGGAAAACAAUCCGAUGUGGCAAGCAUUUCACCAAAGAACAAGCAAUAGACGAAGUAGCCCACCUGCACAAAGUUCGACACUCUCAUAUUGUCCAGGUUGUUGGUACCUAUUCAAUCGGAAAUUACCUUUCAAUUCUUCUUUUCCCGGUCGCGGAAUACAAUUUGGAGACGUUCCUAUCCGAAUUUAAUGACGACUGCUUGAAGCGUGAUCGCCUACUGGAUCCAGAUCGACCAAAUCUUUGGGCUGUUAGUGAUUUCUUCGGGUGCCUUUCGAAGGCGGUAGAAUAUAUUCAUGAUAAUAUGACAAAGCACAUGGAUAUCAAACCAAAGAAUAUCCUGGUCCGUAAUAUGGCCGGAAAGUCAGCACCGCACAGGCUGCCUUGGAAGGUAUACAUAGCGGAUUUCGGCAUUGCACGCUCUUACUCCACUUUAGAAGCAUCAGAGACGGAGGGACCAACAAUGUUCACUAAAAGGUAUGCCGCACCGGAAGUGGUAGCCCGUGAGAGGCGCGGUUUACCCGCUGACAUAUUCUCGCUGGGUUGCGUUUUCACUGAGAUCGCUGUUGCACUUGUUCAAGCGGCAUCGCAAGCAUAUCGCU